AUGUUUGAAAGCAGUCAAUUAAAUGUGCCACCGAAUAAACCUAUAAACCAAAAUACAGAACCUUUACCCUACACUAUUGUGGCAGACGCGGCAUUCCCACUGAAAACGUAUUUAUUAAAACCGUACAGUAAAGCUAAAUUAGUUAACAAUAACCCAAAUAAAAUAUUUAAUUAUCGCUUAUCACGUGCUCGCCGUACUGUAGAAAAUGCAUUUGGAAUAUUACGAGCUAGAUUGAGAGUGUUUCAGGGAUCUUUACAAGUACAACCAAACAUGGCGGACAAGAUCGUACUUGCUGCCUGCUGCCUUCAUAACUUUUUGACCCAAGACACACAGGAAACACAAGAUACUUUGAUGGAUGAAAGCGAGGUGAGCGACGGUAAUGGCUUAGUACUCAUCGACCCGUUAAAUAGAAAUCCAUCUCAAGAAGCUAUUCAAAUACUUCGUAAAAAAUACGGCAUAAAAUUGAACUUGGAGUUUACAUCGCAAUGCGCACUUCUACCUAGGUGGUCGGACAAGUGGCUGGAGUGCGUAGCGCGCUUGAAUACCGACCCUCAGAAUCACCAGAUCGGCACCGCCGCUAUGGGCUUCGUACUCGACCAUACUCUCUCCGUCUACAACGUACAAAGUCUGCGAGUCAUCGACGCUUCUGCGAUACCAACCCAACUCACCGGUAACCCGCAAGCAGCUAUCAUGAUGGUAGCGGAACGAGGAGCAGACUUUAUCAAGAAAUGUUGGUCGUAG